AAAAAGGCCGAUGAAUCCCUCUGAAUCGCAGAUCAACAACAGACGUGUAGAUCACGAUACGCCCUAUUCUGUUGUCCCUUUAGGACCGAAGCCCCAGAUAGUGAGCUGCCCGCACUGUCACUACUAUGUGACAACAGAAAUCAAUAUCGUCCCAUCGAUCAAAACCCACCUGAAAGCAGUCGGCCUCUGCAUAUGCUGUCUCUGCUUCAUACCUUACAUCUGUCCCAUCUGCAUGAACGUUGAUCAUUUCUGCCCGGAGUGCGAGAAUUACAUCGGAACGUACAUCAAUUGAAUCA